AAUUCCUACAUGACUGCUGCGCUGUUAUGUUGGGUGUUUUAUCCUGAAAAAACUGGAAUACUUCAGAACACCGAACUUUCACAUUAUACAGCGGGAUGGUUUUUAAGAAUAACAAGACCUAAGAUUUUUUUUUUUGUCUUUUUACUUAAGGAAAAACAGAUUCUGGGCAAUUUAUUGUAGGUUUUUUGGAUUUAAGCACUUGACACAACAAAUAGAUGAAAGGGUGACGAUGGUGAACAGUACGCUCUUUCCAUGCCACCUUUAAUACACCACUGUGGACAAUUUCUCCAUUUUUUCGCAAGACCCUUGACAAGAACAACAGAGUAACUUGGUCAAUGGAGUGUGGCAACGCGACCAACGGAACUUUGCCCUAUCCUUUCGGGACCUCCAUCGCCCUAACGAUUGGUCUUCUUGUAAGUGUCCUCAUUCUACUGACAGUAUUUGGCAACGUCCUAGUAGUAAUAGCUGUGUUUACAAGUCGCGCCUUACGAGCGCCUCAAAAUCUGUUUUUAGUGUCAUUGGCAUCCGCGGACAUACUGGUGGCAACACUGGUUAUGCCAUUCUCUCUAGCAAAGGAACUCAUGGGAUGCUGGUACUUUGGCAAAGUGUGGUGUGAAAUUCACCUGGCCCUUGAUGUUUUCUUUUGCACGUCAUCGAUUGUCCAUCUGUGCGCCAUAAGUUUGGACAGAUACUGGUCCAUCACGCAAGCUAUAGAAUACAACCUGAAACGAACUCCAAGACGGAUAAAAUGCAUACUUUUCAUUGUUUGGGUAAUUGCUGCCGUCAUAUCUCUACCACCUUUAAUAUCUACGGAAAAGGUGGGGACCACGGGGGAGUGUAAGAUCAAUGACAAGGAAUGGUAUAUAAUAUCCUCCAGUAUCGGUUCAUUCUUCGCCCCCUGCAUCAUCAUGAUUCUAGUUUACAUUCGAAUAUACCAAAUCGCCAAGAAGAGAACAAGGGUGCCUCUGGGUAAAAGGGAAAAUGCUCCAGACAGGAAACAUAAUGGCUUCGCGGACAAGGUAUCUCCGGAGAGAUUAAACGGAGAGGCCGCACGAGUUGUCCGAGAAGGUGAAAUCAAUGGAGUUGACAUGGAAGAGUCGUCGUCUUCCGACCACAACGUAAAGAACCCGUGUUCCAUGAAAUCAAAAAAAGGUAAGGGGAAAACCAAGCUCAGUCAAAUCAAGCCUGGAGAUAACAUCCCAAAACAAGAUACUCAACGGAGCAUCAGACGUAGCAGGUGGAAAGGACGCCAAAACAGAGAAAAACGAUUCACUUUUGUGCUGGCAGUGGUGAUAGGAGUUUUUGUUGUCUGUUGGUUUCCGUUUUUCUUCACGUACUCACUGACCGCCUUUUGUGGCGCCGACUGCGUACCCGAAACACUAUUUAAGUUCUUUUUCUGGUUUGGGUACUGCAACAGUUCGCUAAAUCCGGUUAUAUACACAAUAUUUAACCACGAUUUCAGGAGGUCGUUUAAAAAGAUCCUUUGUAAAGGCGAGAAAAAACGAAUGGUCUAAAUUGCCGGACUGUAUUUUCUCGACGCUGAUAAACUGAACACUUCAGCUUGACCAGCAAGUGUUACACUUGCGAGAGAAACACGCUUAAAUACAAUGUAUUACAGAGAGGAAGCUAGACUUAAAGACUGGGCAUAUUUUUUUGCGCGAUGGUGCAGUGUGUGUAUGUCUACGUGUAUGUAUUUUAAAAACGUCUUGUUGGACAACUGGAUACAACGUGCAAGAACUAUUACAAAAAGGGAAUGAUUCCUCUUUCGUCAACACUUCGACUUAUGGAAGUACCAUACGCCCACGCAGACAUUAUGUAAAUAGUUGUGAUGUUGUCAUGUUGUAUUUC